CGAGGUCUAGCACCUGAUGGGUUAGGGUUGACAUGCUUUUAAGUGAUAAAGAUGCUGCCCUUUAAAGCUGUCCAGCUGCCAGCUGACUUUUCUUUCUCAUUUACAUGACGCGUUGAGGGCUUUCCAUGCAACUGUAUAGAUUGAAAAUUCAGCUCUUUCGCUCGAAUCCACCUGUAAAUCUGCCAACUGAUUUGUUUUCAGCUCUUCCACCGAACCUUGGCCCCGACCACAUUGCUUCAAACCAAUCCAAACCACAACCAAACAGACGACUAUCGCAAACAAAGAGCCGAAGCCAGAAACAAGCAACAAAGUUAGAAAGUCACCCAGAGAUCCCUCCCACUCCCUUACCAUCCAAGAAGGAAGACGCAACCCGAAGUUUAAGAGACAGGGACCAAAACGCAAACGUCCUCCAACCUUACCAUAAGAAGAGGUCUGACUUUCGACUUGGCCAAAUUAAAGUAGAGUGGUUUGAUAAUCAAGAAUCAGAUAUGUCUCGUAAUCAAAGAGGAUACGCUUCUGUCGUCCGCGGAGAAGAAUCUGCAUCUUCUUCGACCUCCGCGGCAGACACUCAGACCCAACCACCCAUGGGUACCAUAACCACCGUCAAGGGCCUUUCCGAUUUCAACUACGGCAUUAUACAUUUGUACAAGGAUAAUAGUGGUGUUUUGAUGUCGAAAGUCAGUGAUGAUAAUGCUGGUGCACUGGAAUCUACCUCGUCAAAACCUAAUGUAAAAAACACCACAGAAGUGAAUACCCACGAUGGAACCGUGGUAUGUGUCUUAGCUGUUCCAAGCUACAUGUCUGCCACAGAUUUCCUCAAGUUUACAGCACCAGUCAACCAAUGUGUCAGCCAUUAUCGUAUAAUAAGAGACACAGCACCAAAUAAGUACAUGGUGGUCAUGAAAUUCCGGGAUUCACCAUCAAGCCGAGAUUUUUACCGAAGGUAUAAUGGAAAACCUUUUAGCUCCAUGGAGCCGGAAAUAUGUCAUGUUGUACAUAUCAGAUCCGUAGAGAUUGACACAUCCAUGGUGGCACCAUACUCGUUCCCCUUUUUGUACGAAACUUUGAAAGCUGAUCGAGAAACGAUACUUCAGGAAGAAGAAGACGGUGAACUAAGCAGUGGAGCAGCUGAUGAGCUCCCAACGUGCCCUGUAUGCCUUGAGAGAAUGGAUGCGAAUAUUACUGGAUUACUGACAAUCCUUUGUCAACAUACCUUCCAUUGUUACUGUCUCAGCAAAUGGGGUGACGGAAGCUGCCCCGUCUGUCGAUAUUCACAGAAACCAAUUGGAGUCGAUAAAAAUGCCUCGCGACAACUCAUGGCGGCAGAAACUGUGGCCAAUGCGUCCAACGGUGUUAAUUCGGACGAGGUGAACGAGUGCUUCGUAUGUGGCGCGACCGAAAGCUUGUGGAUAUGUCUGAUAUGUGGACAUAUUGGGUGUGGACGCUAUAAUGACGCCCAUGCUUACCACCAUUACAUGGAAACCAAUCACUUGUAUGCUUUGGAACUUGAAACGCAACGUGUUUGGGAUUAUGCUGGAGAUGGUUACGUCCAUCGCUUAAUACAAAACACCAUUGAUGGAAAGCUUGUGGAGCUGCCUGGUGCCAACAAUGACGAUAAUCAACGAGUUCCGCAGGAAAAACUGGAUGCCGUCUCUCUGGAGUACACAUACCUUCUUACAUCACAACUAGAAUCACAGCGCAUGUACUAUGAAGAUCAUUUAACGACACUUACUUACCAGCUAUCCACUUUAUCUUCUCAAGUCAAGUCUCUAGUAGGCGAGAUACAAAAUGUAAAGGCAGAAAAUGAUAGUUUGAAUAGUUACCGAAGGGAGACAGACAAGAAACUCAAGGAAAUGGAAAAGGAGAAGGAAAAGGCCGAAAGGAAAAUAGAUGUGUUCAAGAAAAGUUGCGAAAUGAUUCGAAAAGAAUGGCAAGAGGAAAAGGAGAUGACGAACUCUCUCGCCAAAAACAAUGAGCACCUCAAGGUUGAAAUUAAAUUGAAGGACAAAGCGAUUGUUGAUCUAUCGGAUCAAGUGAGAGACCUAAUGUUCUUUUUGGAAAGCCGCGAAAAGAUUAGCGAUAAUCCUGAAAUGGAGGGCGGCACUGUAGAAGUUGCACCGGCUGCAAAGGGUAAAAAGACAAAGCGUGGCAAGCGAUGAUCAAGCUAUUUAGUAGACUUGAAAGAACAACAAUAAUCUGUAAAA